UCUCUCCGCAGGAAAGGUGAUAGGAAAGAACGGGAAGGUCAUCCAAGAAAUAGUGGAUAAAUCCGGCGUGGUGAGAGUACGGGUGGAAGGGGACAACGACAAGAAGAACCCUCGGGAGGAGGGCAUGGUGCCCUUCAUCUUCGUGGGGACGCAGGAGAACAUUAGCAACGCCCGGGCCCUGCUGGAAUACCACCUCUCCUACCUCCAGGAAGUGGAGCAGCUUCGCCUAGAGAGGCUGCAGAUCGACGAACAGUUGCGCCAGAUCGGCCUGGGCUUCCGGCCCCUCUCGGGUCGCGGGGAUAAAGAGCGGGGCGGCUACACCACGGACGAGAGCAGCUCCUCCCUGCACAAUACCAGGACUUACGGCGGCAGCUACGGCGGGCGUGGCCGUGGAGGCCGGCGGGGAGGCAAUUCUGGCUACGCUACCAACUCGGAAGUCUCCAACGCCUCCGAGACUGAGUCAGAGAAGAGGGAGGACUACGAUUUCCCGCUCGCCGGGGAGCGAGAGCCCCGCCCGGAGGACGGGCGUCGGCGGCCGGGGCCUGGGCGAGGCCGGGGUCCUGCUCCAGCCUCUCGUGGGAACAGCAGUAGCAACAGCAAGUACAACACCUCGUCGAUCAGUUCAGUCCUGAGAGACCCGGACAGCAACCCUUACAGCCUGCUGGAGAACCCUGAGAAUGAGCCGAACGCCGACACAGACUGCAGUGAGUCGCAGGGACCCAGCAACCGGCGGCGCCGCUCGCGCCGGCGCCGCACCGAUGAAGAGACCACCGUCAUGGAUGGAGGCCUGGAAUCGGACAACACCUCUGUCAACGAGAACGGCAUGGAGGAGUCGAAGCCACAGCGACGCAACCGCAGCCGGCGGCGCCGUAACCGUGCUAACCGCCUGGACAGCUCCAUCAGCCGGGACCGCCAGCCGGGAACCGUCGCGGACUACAUCUCCCGUGCGGACUCUCAGAGCCGCCAGGGACCCCCCCUCCGGGAAAGCCAGGAGGAGACCCCCGAGGGCGGAACCUCCCCCAAGCAAAAGGGGGAGGCGAACAGCAAGAUGGUCAACGGCCCUUCGGAGAAUGGGGAGCACAGCGCCGCGGCCGGUGGGGGCGAGGCGGAGGUGGCCUCCCUGAUCAAUGGGGUGUCCUAAGGGGCCCCAGCCGUCCUCCUCCUCCUCCUCCUCCUUGCCAUGAAACGAUCCUUCCUUCCCGCAAGCUUGUGCAACCCCCAAAGAAAUGAAAGGCCGCCACUCGUCUCGUUCAAAGAAAACAAACCACAGCCACCACCAUUCUUUAAAACCAGGAACAACAAACCAACAUCCCCUGGGUCUCACCCCCCUCCUCCCUUCUCCAGAUAAUUCCUCUCCCAAGCUUGCCAAAGACCGUUGGGGAGGGGACGGGGGACCGAGAGCCUCUCCUUGUGUGGCGGCUCGUCAAACAGCUACCGUGAAGCUACAGCAGCCCAGUCCGAAACACACAUAGACACAUACACACCCCUCCCUCCUUCCUGGCUUGUUGUGUGUGAA